AUGGAGUUACGUGUGGGAAGCAAGUUCAGAGUCGGACGAAAAAUUGGGAGUGGAUCGUUUGGAGAGAUUUACUUUACUUUUCCUUCGUGACGGGCAAAGCCAUUAGAAAAUAUUACUCUUUGAAAAGUUUAUCCUUUUUCUGAGAGCUAUUUUAAUGAUAUAUCUAGCUAAUUCUAUUAAAAUUUUAAAAUGUUUGUAUUUAAAAUAUUUUCUAAGAAAGUUUGACAUAGAUUUAAGAUUUAAUUUAUCAAUUAAUAUUUUUUUAAAACAUUUGCCAACUAUCAAAGGAGUAGAGUUAGGUACAAAUAUUCAAACAAAUGAAGAAGUAGCGAUAAAACUUGAAAAUAUUCGAACGAGGCAUCCUCAGCUGCUAUAUGAGUCACGCUUGUACAGAAUCCUUCAAGGAGGGACUGGAAUCCCCUGCAUCCAUUGAUAUGGAGUAGAAGGAGACUACAAUGUCAUGGUCAUGGAACUUCUUGGGCCUUCCUUGGAAGACUUGCAUCAAUUUUGUGGAAGAUCUAUGAGCGUCAAGACUGUGCUGAUGCUGGCGGACCAAAUGAUCUCAAGAGUGGAGUACAUCCACGCAAAAAACUUCUUGCACAGAGACAUCAAGCCAGACAACUUCCUCAUCGGCCUGGGACGCAAAGCAAAUCAAGUCUACGUCAUUGAUUUCGGUUUGGCUAAAAAGUACAGAGAUCCCAAAACCAACCAGCAUAUCCCAUAUCGAGAAGGGAAAAAUCUCACAGGAACAGCUCGCUAUGCCUCUAUCAGCACCCACAUUGGCAUAGAGCAGUCUCGAAGGGACGAUUUAGAAGGCAUUGGCUAUGUCCUGCUUUACUUCCUCAGAGGAUCUCUCCCUUGGCAAGGUCUCCAAGGCAACAACAAGAAGGAAAAAUACGCUGCAAUCAUGGAAAAGAAGAUGAGCACAAGCGUGGAGGUGCUAUGUGCCAAUUUCCCAUUAGAAUUCGCAACUUAUAUAAAUUAUUGCAAAGCAUUGAGGUUCGAGGACAGGCCAGACUACAGCUAUUUAAAACGACUCUUCAAAGAUUUGUUUUUCAGAGAAAAUUAUCAGUAUGAUUUCAUGUUUGAUUGGUGCUUGAUCAGGCAGCAAGGAGGCCAAAAUCAGCAAAAUCCAAAUGCUCAGCAAGCGAGAAAUCAAGAUCCGCCAGCUCAAGAAGAAACAAAACAAAAUCGGCAAAGAGCAAGUCAAACUCCUCCCAGCCAUGUCCCUGGUCCAAAAAUUGUGACGAUUGCUUCCAGAGGUAUGAGAUAA